AUUUUACGAAAAGAGUGAUCUAAAUUAUAACAAUCAUUAUUUGAUUUUUUAUUUUUCUCUUCGCGGCGUUCGCAGAGUAUUUGAAUGAAUGGUAACUGACGUAUUUACGAAAUCUGGAUGAAAAAACACAACCCUCUUCGUACCAUCAAUGGCGGGUGUUGCGCAGUGUAAAAUCCCAUUUUGUCACCUAAAUCUUAUCCAACCUAGCUAGGGCACGAACCAACCUUCUAUUUUCAAAGCCCCAUUCCUUUAUUCAUCCCAUUCACGAAGCCAAUGUUGAAGCUCAUUGCAUCCUCGCGCAUCCACCGGCUGCACCCCACGGUGCUCCGUCCCGCCCACGAUUCUGCUUCGCCGUUGCUCAGAGUGCUCAGUUCUCUCGGCGGGUUAAGCCGUAGAAACACUGACGUUGGAGGCAGGUAUUUUUUCUGUUCCAAUAGUGCCCUUAAUUAUAAUUACGGUUGCAGCGUUCAAAAAUCAAAGCACUUACUAUUGUUGCAACCAACCACCUUGCAUCAUCACUGUUCAUAUAGCGGUAACUCCUCUCUCGUAUCUUCACACUCUGUGCUCACAGAGACAGAAUCACUACUCAACUUUUGUCACCAACGAGACCUUCCUAGAGCCAUGCAUGUGUUGGAUGCCAUGGAAAGACGCAGAGUUUGGGCCGACGCUAUCACCUAUUCUGAGCUCAUCAAGUGUUGCUUGGCUCACGGUGCUGUCAAGGAAGGAAAACGUGUUCACCGCCACAUUUUCUCAAAUGGGUACCACCCCAAAACGUUUUUGAUCAACACUCUCAUCAAUAUGUAUGUCAAAUUCAACCUCUUGGAAGAAGCACAUGUAUUGUUCGAUAAAAUGCCUGAACGAAAUGUUGUAUCGUGGACGACUAUGAUAUCCGCUUACUCUAAUGCCAAGCUCAAUGACAGGGCCGUGAGGCUCUUGAUUUUUAUGUUUAGGGAUGGAGUCAUGCCUAACAUGUUUACUUUCUCUUCUGUUUUGAGAGCGUGUGAGAGGUUGUCUGAUCUCAAACAACUGCAUUCUUGUAUAAUGAAAGUGGGGUUGGAGUCUGAUGUAUUUGUUCGCAGUGCGCUCAUUGAUGUUUACUCGAAAUUGGGGGAGUUGCCGGAAGCUUUGAGUGUUUUUCGUGAGAUGGUCACCGGAGAUUCUGUUGUUUGGAACUCCAUUAUUGCUGCAUUUGCUCAGCACAGUGAUGGGGAUGAGGCUUUGCAUCUUUACAAGAGCAUGAGCAGAGCAGGUUUUCGGGCGGAUCAGUCAACGCUUACUAGUAUUUUGCGAGCGUGUACUAGUUUGUCGUUGUUGGAGUUAGGGAGGCAGGUCCAUGUUCUUGUUCUAAAGUUUGACCAAGAUCUUAUCCUCAACAAUGCCCUUUUAGAUAUGUAUUGUAAGUGUGGUAGUUUGGAGGAUGCAAAGCUCAUUUUCAAUCGGAUGACCAAGAAAGAUGUAAUUUCUUGGAGCACCAUGAUUGCUGGGUUGGCCCAAAAUGGUUUCAGUAUGGAAGCACUCAAUUUAUUUGAGUCCAUGAAAAUGAAGGGUCCAAAACCAAACCAUAUUACAUUUAUUGGGAUUCUGUUUGCUUGCAGUCACGCGGGGCUAGUAUGUGAAGGUUGGAUCUAUUUUCGAUCUAUGAAGAACUUGUAUGGGGUAGAUCCUGAAAGAGAACACUAUGGGUGCAUGCUUGAUCUUCUUGGAAGAGCUGGGAUGCUUGAUGACAUGGUUAAGUUAAUUCACGAAAUGAAUUGUGAGCCAGAUGUUGUUACUUGGAGGACUUUGCUUGAUGCAUGCAGGGCACGUCAGAAUGUGGAUUUAGCAACGUAUGCUGCUAAAAAGAUUCUAAACUUGGAUCCACAUGACACAGGAGCUUACGUGUUAUUAUCUAAUAUUUAUGCAACUUCAAAAAGGUGGAAUGAGGUCGCAGAAGUUCGGAGGGCUAUGAAAAUAAGGGGCAUAAGGAAAGAACCUGGAUGUAGCUGGAUUGAAGUCAAUAAGCAAAUACAUGCUUUUAUUUUGGGAGAUAAAUCACAUCCUCAAAUAGAUGAGAUCAAUAGACAGUUGAACCAGUUUAUUUGUAGGCUAACUGGUGCUGGUUAUGUACCUGACACAAAUUUUGUACUACAAGAUCUUGAAGGGGAACAGAGAGAAGACUCUCUUAGAUACCACAGUGAGAAACUAGCAAUUGUUUUUGGUAUCAUGAGCUUUCCUAAAGAAAAAACUAUUAGAAUAUGGAAGAACCUAAAAAUUUGUGGAGAUUGUCAUAAGUUUGCAAAACUUAUAGCAAAGUUAGAGCAACGACAUAUUGUAAUUAGAGAUCCUAUUCGAUACCAUCAUUUUAGAGACGGGGUAUGUUCCUGUGGCGACUAUUGGUAGCAAAUGAGAAGCACAUAAGACGAGACAGAAUCUAGGACAACUUUUAAGCUCCAAGCAGCAUACUUCACUAUACAAUCAGCUGAUAUGUAUACGAGGAUAAAGUGUGCAGCAGUAGCAUUGCUGUUAGUUAACGUCAGUUUGGUUGAAAAUUGAUCACAAUGCUGAGCAGAUGAGGCAAUGAGGAGCGUGUUGAACCGACCACAUUUUACAACAGAUUCUCUAGUUGGGAAUUGCUCAGUCUAUUGAACAGUAGAAUUUUAGCUUUAGACAAAUUAUUUUGAGCAAUAUGAGAACAUUGAUGUUACUCGGACGCAGAAGAUUCUUGAUGAAGACCAUUAUGGAUUAACUGUUGUGAAGGAAUGGAUACUGGAAUUCACAGCUGUUGGGAAAUUAAGAGGAACUUCACAAGGGAAAAUUAACUGUCUUUCUGAUCCACCCGGAGUGCCUUGACGUGGCUGAAAUCAUGGGUCAUCGGCGUACCUGUAUUUCACAGGAUCUUCUGAAUUCUCUCAAUCAAUCCUUUACUUCUCGGACUAUAUAAAACCAGCCGUAAUUGUUCUUCACCUAAAAUCCUACCCGAUCUGUUGUUGGGGAGGAUCCUUUUGCAC